CCGCCUCCACGACUUCACGACUCUCGCUUGCCUGUCGCAGGUGGCCAACUCAUGCCGGUAGACGGGACGAGCUGCGAAUUCCCACGAGCCACGGCCCAUCUGUCUUGGUGAAGGCGCGAGCCCCUUUCGUGCCUCGAGCGAGCACUUUCACGCCGUGUGGCGCCAGCGUGAAGCCGUCCUUACGAUUCUUCAUCUCGAGACCGCACGACGUCCCAUGAAUUCGAUCCUCACGUCCUCCACGCACGGCAUUUGGCUCAAAAUUUCGCGCUGAUCACGAGUAUCGUCUUGGCCUCCACUGGCUGCUUCGACGUCCGAGGUGGGUCCUAGCGGGCACAAACUUCGCAGACUGUCGGCUCACACAGCGUGACAGCGCGCCACGGGCCGCAGUCCCCGCCGCCAUGAGCACGAGCCUGCAAAGGGCCGUGACGCUCAUCACGAGCGACAAGCUCAAGGACCGCACCGACGGCCUCGACCUCCUGCGCCAAGUCUUCAAGUCGCCCAGCGUCGGCGCCAAGAUCGGCGAUGACGACGAGGAGGGCAAGCGCUGGUCGCGCGUCUUCACGGCGCUCUUCUCCUGCGUGCAGAUGGACCGCGACGCCUGCUUCAAGAAGGGCUCCUGGCAGGACGCCACGCAGGUCGCGCUGCGCCGCAUCAAGGAGAGCAGCGGCGCACUGCAGUGGCUCGUCGAGACGAACAUCCAGCACCUGCCCAUCGUCGUCGUCAACCAGAUCCUACAGCACAUUGCGCAGAUGAUCGAGUACCGCGGCGCCCUCUUCGAGCCGCUCUCGCUCUCCUACCUCCAGGCGCUGCGUAACAUUUUGGAGUACGAGCCGCACGUCGAGCACUUCGACGAGCAGCGCUGGCAGUAUGUCACGCGCCUGUGCUUCAACAUCGUUCUACGCGACCACCUCAAGGCGAGCUUCCAUGCCGGCGACGCCGGGGACGCUGAGGAUGACGAGGACGCGCGAGGUGUAGGCAGCAGCACUACCCGCGGCAAGCGCAAGGCGAGCGGCGAUCAGAAGCCGAAGCGCCAGGCGACGCGAGAGGAGAUCGAGCUGCUGCUCAGCCUCGAGUACCUGAUGGCCGCCUCAACUGCUCCGCUCCUCGGCUCGGCCAAGCUCGGCGUGCUCGUGCUCGCCAAGUACGCGCGCGUGCUCGAGACGUUCAGCGGCGAGUCGCUUGCGCAGUGCCAUGCUCUCAGCGGCAUCAACCACGUGCUCGCCGCACUCGAGCACAACGAGCGACUGGUGCAAACGCAGUUCGCGCAACAGGUCUGGCCGUGCCUUCUCGCGCUGUGGCCCGCGAAGCUCCGACCGCUCAAGGAGCAGCUCGUCAUCUGCCUGCGCAUGCUCGUGCCGUUCGUGGCCUGUGCUGGCUUCGACCCGCUCAGCGGCACGCCGACCGCCGCGCUCGAGGUGGCGCACGGCUUGCUCGGCGCUCUGCAGCCUCUAGCACUGGGCGAAGCCGAGCAGCGCUUCGGCCUCAAGCCGCUGCCGUCGUCCAGCUUCGACUUUGCCUUCGACAGCCGGCCGCGCUCCGAGCUUGGCGUCUUUGAGUACAGCAUCCUCCGCUCCGGCCGCGCCUGUGUCAACGUGGACGCGCUGAGCUGGUCGACCCUCGAGCUGGCUGCCGACAUCAUCGCCGUCCUUGCUGGCACGCAAUCGGGCCGAGCCGGACCAGAAGCAGGGACGUCAAGCGAGACUGUUGCGCCGUCUGCCACAGAUGGCGCCUCGAGAACGCGCAGCUCCACGCUUGUGUCAUCAACGGCUAUGACUCAGCGGGCUGCCAAGCGCCGUCGGACUCAGGGUGCGACGACAGAGACGCUCGAUGCGCUCACAUCUCUGCUCGAGGGCAUCGAGCUCAAGAGCGACGCACUGCUCGAGACGGCCCAGGCUGCGCGCGUGUGGCGCCUUCAGGUGCUCCUCUUCCUGAUUCUCCGGCACUGGCGAACGCUGGCCGCCGGCGUGCGCUCGCAGAUUCUAGACGCGCUUGGCACGCUGCUGCAGAUUGCCGACGAUGACGUGCAGUACUGGACGCUGCUGGCUACGGCGGCAGCAGCCGCUUGCGCAGCGACAAGCAGCGACAGGAGCGCCGCGCUGUGGGCGCAGGUCUGGCCGGUGGCCUGCCGUCGCUCCUUCCUGCCCUCGACCUCACGAGCCGCAGCCCACGCAGCUCACGCUGUGCUGCGGGCUGACCUUGUGCCGCGCGCCGUUGCGUUGGCCGAGGUGCAGAACCUGCUCGGCGACAUCGACGUGCAGGGGCCGCCGUUUCCGACGGACGCGGUCUGCGGCUUUCUCUGUGCCGCGCUCGCACUCGCCUGCUCCGACCCAACGCUCGCAGCCAGGAAGCUGGAGGAGAAGGUGCUCGGCUGGCUGCAGGCCGUCUGGUCGCCACUCAACGGCAGCACCAAAGGCUUCAAGCGUGCCCGAGUCGAGGAACACGAUCCGUGCGAUGUCGCACUACUCUUGUCUCGAGUCUGCCGCCUGCACCGCGAGCCUGCUUUCAACCGCGGCAGGUCAAUGCUGCCGACGUGCGCCACGGUGACAGCCCUCACACGAGAGCGCGAAGGCAGCACCAUCCGCGACUACCUGCUGCGCUGCGACCUCACCGGUGCUGGCGAGGGCGGUGCGGGCCCGAAUGUAGCGAGCCAUUCCCAGUCCAUGACGUCCGCCGCGCUCGAGCUCGACGAGAGCACGCCACUGCGCGGUCUCGAGUCUCUGGAGCUGCGCUGCCUCAAAUUUCUCGAGCGAGCGCUGGGCGAUUUCGAGCUGGAAUGGACGCAGCCAGAGGAAGGCUCGGGCAUGGUCAAUCUCAUCACGAGCGGCAAGCUGGAGCAGACGCGCCGCUCACUCGACUUCACGGUGCUCGUGCUGCUCUUCAACGCAACGCUGGCGCUCAACUAUAUCUCAGCCCCGCCGCAGCUGGGCUUCAGCGCCAGCCGGCUUUUCCUCGCUGUGCUUGGCGUCUGCUCUCAAGAACGCUGGUCAAGCCUCGACCGCGCCGAGAUCUUGCGCGGCAUCGAGCCGCUACUGCCGCUCACGUGCACUGCUCAAACGCAUGGUGUUGCAGCUGGCCAGCACGGGCUCGUCCAGGCGGGCCGCCAGUCCGGCGUGCGCCACGAGGUGCUGCGUGCACAGCAAUCAACGGCGAACGCUCAUAGUCAGGCCGCGUCGGAUGUUCCGCAUCCAGAUGCGUUCCUAUCGCUCGUCUGGCGACGGGCUGAGCUGCAAGAGGCGACGCUCGACCGUCUGCGCAGCGUGCACGAGGUCGCGACGAGCUCCGACAGCCAUGUCGAGUUCAAAGGGCGGUCCGGCGCUUCGCAGGAAGAGACCGAUACGUGGGCGCCCCGCGCGCGAAAGGAGAGCACCGGCUUCGAAGGAGCCGACACGGACAGCCAGGCCCUGUCCGCAUGCGUGAGCAUCUGCCUCGGUGGCCUCGCAGACAUACCUCGCCUGCAGGGUCGCUCGCGCGGCGAGAAAGCAAAGGCGAGGAUCAGUCAGCCAUCGUCGGAUGCGUGGCUCGGACACUCGGCAGCUCCGCUCGUCCCCGGCACGACCGACCAGGCGCUUGCAGCCUUGAUCAUCGACGGCCCGAUCGAGCGCCUGGAAGCGACACUGAGCGUGCUGGCUCGCCUUUACGCUCAAGGGCGGCUGCAUCUGAGCCAGCGCAACAUCAGCGACAUUUUAGAGCGCCUCGGCGACGACGUCCUGCCGGACUACCAAUACCAGCACAGCGAGCACUCGCAGCUGAUCGCCAUCGAUCUGCUCGACGGCACGAUGCACGCAUGGACCGACGAGGCGGCGCACAGCGUGGAGCUGGCGCAGAAGGCGGACCGGUUCUGCACUUUCCUCGUCAAGCAGCUGUCCAAGCAGCGAGCUGCGAUGCAGUCGCAGUGGCGCGUGCGUCUCCGCCUGGCAUCCUUCAUCGAACGCUUGCUCGUUCGCUCCACCGGCGGCACGGGCACAGGUGGCGCGCGCACUGCGCCGUGGCAGUCGAAGCGGGCGGUGUUGAAGCCCGAGAGCCUGCUCGGCAUGCUGCUGGAGCUCGUCAAGGACGACGACAUGCGUGUGCGCUUCGCCGCCGCAAGCACGUGCGGGCGCCUCUUCGAGCUGGUCGGCUCAGCCCAGCUCGCCGUGACUGCGAGCUCGCUGUAUGAUCAGCUGCGCGAGCUUCUGCCGACCGCCACCGACGAUGCGAGCCUAAUGAUGGCGCGGCUCCUGACUCUCGGCAACGUACUCGUGGCUAGCGCUCCGGUCCGGCAUCUCGCGCUGUACCACCUCGUCGAGCUGGCCUUUGUCACGUCGGAGUAUCACGCCGCGACGUUGGCCAUCCUCCGCUGCGUAGCUGCGCGGCUAGGCUUUGACGAGACGCGCGACCUCUGGCACCACUUUGCCGGCUCCGUGUCCUGGUCGAUGGCGCAGAGCGAUUACGACGUGCUCAAAGCGCCCUAUCACAUUCUGGGCUACACGUCGCGCCGGCAGUGCCUCGAUCACACGUUCCGCCCCGUGGCCAGCAUGCUCCUGGCGCAGCCCAACCUGCUGCAGGACUUCGAGAAGCUCGCCAGCUUCCUGAAGAUCUCUUCUGCGCAGGCAAUGCGCGAAUGCCUGCCGUUCAUCGUCGGUGUCGACCUGGGACUGAGCGGCGAAGACGCCGCGAGCCGCGGUGCGCUGAGCUCGGCGGCGCUCUACGGCGAGCGCUGGACUAUCGUGAACCAGCACCUUCUCGAGCGCUGGCACUGCACCGGCACGCCGCAGGUCAUGAGCGAUCUCCUCUCGAAGCUGGCCGAUCAGGUCGUCGUCACUCUGCUGCGCAACUUCUACGAGCCAGUGGAAGCUUCGAACGAGACGAAGCGCGGGACCGGCGCCACUGGCGGCAGCUCUGCCCGCAUUGCCGAUGCCGUGCUCCGCAGCAUUGGCAGCGCCGACGCAGCCUGUGCGACAGAGCUCAAGCACCUGAUGUUCGACAUAGGCCAUGCCGCGACCGCCUCGCUGCACGAGCCUCCGCGCCCGAUGUGCAACGCGCUGGGCACCUACCACGCCCUUCGCACCUUUGCGCGCGGGCCGGUCGCCAUCUUCAGCGUGUCCAGCUCGUACCACAUCGUCGGGCAGAUGCUCGAGCUCGUCUUUCGCGAGCGGCUCGUCAACGACCAGCUGCGCCAUCUGCAAGCGCUCAAGCUCUUCCUCGCGCUCAGCUCGAAGGCGGUCUGCACGAGCGCCGUCGUGCUUCGUGCCCUCAUCGACGGCGCUGUGACGCUUCUGGGCUAUCUCGACCUGGUCGACGCCGCCGUAGGCCUCCUUGACUGGGCCUUUCGUGCGCUGUCGGCCUUGCCAUCCGCGCCCUUGGAGCUUGCAGCUCUGCUCGUCAGCGUCGUCAGUCAGACCGAGACGCACGCCAGCAGCAACGACUCGAGCGCGCGCAGGGCUGGCGAGCUGCUCUAUGCGUGGCUCAACGAACGUCUUGUGCCCCGCUUGCUGGAUGGCGCUGAUCCGCGCUUCUUCCGCGCGGCCCUCGUCGUCUGGCCGCGCCCGCACUCUGCGCAGAUGUCUGAGCACCUCGGUCUGGUCACGCUCGAUGAGCUGAUCGAUGCCAUCUCCGCCAUGCCGCAGCGCCCGGUCAACACCUGCACGCUGCAGCGCGUCGCUUCGGCCCUGCGGCAGGCAAACGCAGCGCAGAGGCGCCGCUUCUCCGCGGGAGCAGUGUGGCAGAUACUUGAGCGGCAGAAGAGCGGAACGGGCGUGCGAAUCGGCUCUCUCGCUACUCAGCAGGGCGACGCAGCCGCACGAGCGUUUGCGGACAUCAUCUUCGUCUGCGAAGGCCAGCUGCACACGCCCUCCUAUGACGCUCUGCCGGCCUCUGCUGACCCGGCAAGCUCGUACACUCUCGAGCCGCACGACAAUGUGGGCGCAGUCGACGAUCCACUGGUGUCGCUUCGAGCGCAUCUCACGCUCCGCGUCGUCGACGCCUUGCGCGGCCCGGACGGACUGCGCCGCUCCGGUCUGGUCACUCAGCGACUCCGCGCAAUACUCGCGCUCAUGCCGGGCGACAUAAGCCAUUGCUCGCCGCCGACGCAGCUGGCACGACAGGAGCUUGAGUUGCUAACAGCCUUUCCGUCGCCGGCGCUGGUGCCGAAAGAACGCACCCUCGAGUCUCUCAGCUCUAUCGAUGCGCUGCGGCGAGCCGAGAGCUUCGAUACCUGGGUCUGCUGGAUGGCGUCGUUUGUGUGCGACUUUCAAGCGGGGCACGGCGCGCCGUCGUUCUUCGGACAGCUUUCGACGCUCGUGGCGGCCGAUGCGCGCCUCGCUGGUGAGACGCUGCCGGUCCUCCUGCACGCGCUGCUACACAGCAGCGAGCUCGACGUCGACGGCACUGGUCCGACGAGCCGAGGAGCCGUCGAGCCAGAGGGUGAUGCUGUGGAGCUCGCCUUCAAGCUCUACUUCGAGUCUCUACUGCGCAGCGACGCCGUUGACAAGAAGGUUUGGGCGGCCGUCAUUGGCGUCAUCCUUCACAUGCGUCGCUUCGUCCGAGACCGCGAUCUCCCGCUGAGCGGCGACCAGUGGCUGCGCGUCGACCUGCUGCUGCUGGCGCGUCGGGCUCGCGACUGCAAGCUGUUUGCUUCGUCGCUGCUGUUCAUCGAGCUCGCACGCGAGCAUCGUUCUGAUGCUGCUGGCUCUGCCGAGCAGGACACGUCGCAUCUGCUCUAUAGCAUCUACUCGAACAUCGAGGACCCGGACGGCUUCUACUCGGUCAAGAACAGCGACGUGCGUGCUUCUCUCGUCCAUCGCUUGCACCACGAGCAACGAUGGGAGCGCGCCUUCAGCAUGCAUGCCGCCGAUUACGAGUCGGAGCUCGCGGGAGCGCCUCGCACGCUCGACCUGCGCGAGAAGAAGGCGCCAGCGACGCUCGGCGUCGGACGCGCGCUGCACGAGCUCGGCUUCAACCGCCUAGCUGGCCUGCUCGGUCAAAGCUCGCUGCUCGACGCUACGCCCAGCGCAGGGACCGACAUCGCAUACGACGUGGCUUGGCGCUCGGGCUCGUGGGACCUGCCUGCGAGCGGCAACGCGCAGCCCGGCACAAGCCAAGGCCUCUUCUCCGCGCUGCGUGCGCUGAACAGGGAACGCGACUCGCGCUCGAUUGCCAGCGCGGUGUCUGGAGCGCUAUCUCUAGAGCUGCGCGGCCUCAGCGACGUCGGUACGGAGGCCAACGCGGAGGCACGGCGCGUAGCGCGAGAGCUGCUGAGCUUGCGCGAGGUCGACCUCUGGCAUUCAAAGUUCGUCGUCCCCGGCAGCUCCGAGCAAAGCCUGAGGGCGGCUCGCACCGCGUGGACUGCAUUGCCGUCGACAUUCGAGUUCCAGGACAUCGAGCGGAUCUUGUCGGUGCGACACCUAUUGCUCAGCUCGCAGCGACGGCAGUGCUCGGCAGACGACAUCGGCUCUGGCUUGGGCGAUGCUCUCUCGACCCAGCUUGCCUCUCUCGAGCAGUUGACGCUGCUUCGACUGAGUGAGGCUGCGCGCGAGCAAGACAGAGGACAGACAGCGAUGGGCGCUGUGACGCUCGCCGAGCCACUGAGCGAGGUCUUCGCGGGCACUGCCGACCUGGAGAGGCGGGCUCGUGCGCUGGUGACCGAGGAGUUCGCCAGCGUGCUCUGGGCGCAAGGAGAGCACGCCAUCGCCAUCCAGGCUCUCGAAGAGCACAUCCAGCUGGACGCGCCAAAUGGCAUCGAAGCCGAGGUGCAGCGUGCAAUGGUGCUCGCCAAGCUCGGACAAUGGCGCGCGACUGCGCGGUCCGACCAGCCAUUGGCGAUUCACGAUCGCUACUUCAUGCCCGCGUGGCAGUACAUUGAGCACUCCGACGUGUCGAGCGAGGAGCGUGGCAAGGUGGCCUAUCUCUACGCCCAAUUCGCGGACGAGCAAUUCCGCGAGAGUAAGUCGUCGGAGGAGGCGCGCAAGCUCCGUGGCUUCGUGUCGGACCGGCGCGACGAAAUCGCAGCGAUCAGGUCGGAGCUCUUCUCCGAAAAGGACAAGAUGCGGCAGCGGCUGUUGCGGCAUCAAGAGACGACCGCAGCGAAGCUGCUCGCCAUGGAUCAGGACCAGCUGGACGUGUGCCUGAGCUCGUGCCAGCUCUUCGCCGAGCAGGCCACGGCCAUGUACGCCGUCGCGCUCAGCGAGUCGGACAGGCACGACGACUCGAUCACCCGCCUCGUGUCUCUGUGGUUCGAGCACAGCGACGACGAGACGUUCAACUCAACGCAUCGCCCCGAUCUGCUCUCGAUCCCGUCGCGCAAGUUCAUCCCGCUCACGCACCAGAUCUCCUCGCGCCUCGCCAAGAGCGGCCCCAGUGCGCGCAGCACGCCAAGCAGCAACGCACCCACCAGCGAAGCCUUCCAGGCCAUCAUCUCGGCCUUGAUGCUCAAGAUGGCGGUCGACCAUCCGUUCCACACCUUCUACGCGCUCUUCUCGCUGCGCAAGGGAGCAGUCGACGAGCGCGAGAAGGUCAGCAGCGGCAGCGGUGGGCGUGUCUCGCAGCUCGUCGAGAGCGCUCCACAGGCGCGCGGCGCUGCAGCUGAGGAGAUCAUACACCAGCUGCGCACCCAGCCGCGCCUGGCGAGCCGGCUCAAGGCGCUGGAGAAGCUCGGCGAUGCCUGCGUCGAGUGGGCAGAGCUUAAGCUCCAGGUGGCGUUUCCGCAGUAUCACACGGAGGGGCGCAUCCGGUCGGGCCGCCUCGCGAUCCCCUCGAGGCCGGCGCUGCAGAUCUUUGCGCUGCGCAACGUCCCCGUACCUGUCAUCACGAGCCGCCUCGACAUCGACCCCACGUGCAAGUACGAGUCAUUCGUCUCGGUGGCCAGCUAUGCGCCGCACUUCACGACCGCCGGUGGCAUCCACGUGCCGAAGAUCACCGACUGCAUCGGCAGCGACGGCAAGCAGUACAAGCAGCUGUACAAGAACGAUGACGACCUGCGCCAGGACGCCAUCAUGCAGCAGGUGUUUGGCCUGUGCAACGGCCUGCUGGAGAAGGACCGCGCGGCUCGCCGACGCAACCUUCGUGUGCGUACGUACGCCGUCGUGCCGCUCGGGCCUCAGUGCGGCCUGCUCGAGUUUGUGCCGGACACGGAGCCCAUCGGCACGCCCAUCAUCACCACACACGCCGAGUUCCAGCCGGCCGGCCAGUACGACGCCGCUGAGGCGCGCUCGCGGCUGUCGAAGCUGUACCGCUCCCCGCCUGCCGCACGCAUUCAGGCCUUCAAGCAGGUAUGCAAGGAGUUUGCGCCCACGUUCCGCUUCUACUUCCUCGACCGCCACAAGGAGCCGCUGUCGUGGCUCUCCACACGCCUCAACUACACGCGCAGCGUCGCCACGACGUCGAUCGUGGGCCACAUGCUCGGCAUCGGCGACCGUCACGUCUCCAACAUCCUCAUGGACAACGGCACGGGCGAGGUGGUGCACAUCGACUUUGGCGUCGCCUUCGAGCAGGGCCGGCUGCUGCCGGUGCCCGAGCUCGUGCCCUUCCGUCUGACGCGCGACAUCAUUGACGGCAUGGGCAUGGCCGGUACCGAGGGCGUGUACCGGCGCUGCUGCGAGGAGACGCUGCGCGUGUUGCGCGAGGGCGCUGAUGUCGUCAAGACCGUGCUGGAGGUCUUCCGUUACGACCCGCUGUGGGCGUGGUCCUCGAAUCCCGUCAAAGUGCUCAAAGCACAGGGAGCUGGCGACGACAACGUCGCCGCCAUGAACCGCGCCGCCAAGGGCGACGCUCGGCGCAGCCGUCCCUCGGCCCGCGCCAGCGGCGAGGUCGAAGACACGGGCGACGGCGCGCGCGACACGGCCGAGCUGCUCGCCGAGCGCGCCAUCAGCUCCGUCAUGGCCAAGCUGUCGGCGUCGCUCAGCGUCGAGUACACGGUCAACGACCUCAUUCAGCAGGCGACGAACCCCGACAACCUCGGCACGAUCUUCCACGGCUGGCAGCCGGCGCUUUGACGGCCGACGUCCCUCCGAUCCGCCGGCUCUCUCUCUCUGGCAACAUCUUCCGCUCCGUCGACGCACAAACAUCCUUCCGCAUCGCCACGUCACCUGCACGAGCAAACACACUUCCGCAUCAGGGCACAUUGUCACCCGACCAAGAACCCUUUAAUUGACCUUCGACCCAUCAGCACGACGUGAGCGGCUUGACGUCCUCGCACGGGCUCAUGGGACUCUGCUUGCGCCCCUCGCACGAGCUCGACUUGCGCCGCACGUCGCUGGAGAUGGACGACUUGCGCUUGGUGGGCGUGGCGCUGCUGCGCUUCGGAGUGGGGCGCUUGACCUCCCGCUUCUGCGCCAUUUGGCUGUUGCGCGCAAUCCUCUCGAGGGCCAGCUUCCACGUGCACUGCUUGCCGAGCUCGGCGCAC